AUGCUAUUAAUAUCGAUAUUAUUAUUACUUUUUGUUUUGAUUCCAUCAUAUAUUUCUCAAUUAACAAUUGAUAAUACAAUUUAUAUUCAUGAAGAAAUAAAAUCAAAUGUAUUAAUAACAAAAUUAAAUUCAAAUUUACAAUGGUUACCAGCUUCGUUUGUUUAUCAACGAUAUUUUCGUUUAGAAAAUGCAUCAUUAUACACAUCUGAUAGAAUUGAUCGCGAAGAAUUAUGUUAUAAAAAGUUAUGUGAUUGUUCAAAAUGUUUAUUACCAUUAAAAUUUGUUCAGACUAUUAGUCCAAGUAAUAUCUCAAUCAUUACCAUUAAUAUUCUUGUUGAAGAUAUUAAUGAUCAUACUCCUACAUUCAAACAAUCUUCUUUGACAUUAAAUGUAUCCGAAAAUGUUCCUGUUGGCUAUGAAAUAUCGUUGGAGCCAGCUAUUGACGAAGAUUAUGGUCUUUUAUCCGUUCAGACAUAUGAACUACAUCCAUCAACAAGUCCAUUUCGUUUGAGUAAAUCUAGUUUAACAAAUAAACCUCUAUUAAAAUUGAUUGAACCAUUAGAUCGUGAAACAAUUGCUUCUUACACAUUACAUUUGUAUGCCUUCGAUGGUGGACAACCACCAUUAUCUAGUGAACAAAAAUUACUAAUUCAAAUUACUGAUAUCAAUGAUAAUGCUCCGAUAUUUGAUUAUCGUUUGUACAAUCGAACAGUUCCAGAAAAUGAAACAGUAGGAAAUUUAUUAUUACAAGUACAUGCCACCGAUAAAGAUAUUGGUGAAAAUGCGAGAAUAACAUAUUCAUUAGAUGGUGGUGAUAAUGGAGAUAAAUUAUUUACAAUUAAUGAACAAACUGGUGAAAUAUUUUUAAAAUCAUCAAUGGAUUAUGAACAACAACGAGCAUAUACGCUUACAGUUUAUGCCAAAGAUCAUGGAGUACCACCGCUAUCUGAUUAUGUAAUUGUUAACAUUAAUGUAACCGAUGUUAAUGAUAAUCAACCACAAAUAUUACUAACAAAAAUUGAUGGAACGAAAGUUAUUAAUUCAUUGACAUUUCCAGAAUGUACACCAAUAGGUACUGCAGUGGCUUAUAUGUAUGUGUCAGAUUCUGAUUCAGGUGAAAAUGGUCGUGUUACAUGUACCGUUAACGAUGCCCAUUUCAUCUUGAAUCUUUUGACAACCAAUGCUUAUUCAUUACAAAUACGUGAACCCUUUGAUUAUGAACAACAGCAACAACAAGCGGGUGUAAUAGUCACAUGUUCUGAUCAUGGUGAUCCUGUUUUGAGUAUGUCACAAACGCUAACAAUUUUAAUCCAAGAUUGCAAUGAUAAUGCACCAGAAAUUGUUUCACCGACACUACCAUUCAAUGACUCUAUCUAUAUCUCUUUUGAGUCAACAUCGUUACCCUUUGUCAUUGUGCAACUUAUUGUUCGAGACCUAGAUCGUUUUCAACCACAAAUAUUUUCCUAUACGUUCGAAUCUACUCCUAAUAAUAUCGAUCAAAAUUUAAUCUUAAAUAAUAAUGGAACAUUAAUUUUACAUACGAUGCCCACAUUAAUUGGCUUUUAUUCCAUUAAUAUAUCGGUAACCGAUAGUGGCAAAGAUAAACAAUUGACAACAUCGAUUCAAAUACCCAUUCGUAUUUAUUCUCAAAAUGAUAGUCAUCAUUUAUUAUUGGGUAGUAAAAAUUUAGCAAUUGAACGAACAGGUCUCGUUUUGGUUGUAUCAUUCUUAGCUAUUACAUUAUGUGCAGCAAUUUUAAUAACAUGCUGUUUUCUAUGUGCAUUUAUUAUUCGAACUAAACGUCAAAAACAUCAGAAUAGAACAACAACAAUGACAUCGAGCAAAUCAAUAUGUUUUAAUUGUUGUUAUUCAUCGUUAACAUCGUCAUCUUCAUGUGAAUCAUCAAAUGAAAAUAAAGAUGCUCGAAGUAGUACAAGUAAUACGAGUGAAAAUGAAGCACAUUCAUCAGAAAAAACAACGAUCGAAGUUUUAGAUGAAGCGAGUUCAUCGAAUCGUAUCUAUCAAUAUUCGGUUAAAAAAGCUGAUAUUAAACAAUGGUCCGAUUUUAAUUACUCGGAAAAAGUUGAACGUUAUUUAACACAUUUAAAUCAAAAUAAUAAUGGUAAAGCGGCUGUUGUUAUUCAACAGCCCAUUCCUUAUAUUCCUCCGACAACAAUAGUAAAUGAUUCAUUGUCUGAUGAAGGAUGUUAUGGUAGUUCAGAUAUAUCCGAUCAAAAUGAUUGUCAUAAAUUACAUUCAAACCAUUUGCACAGACACCAGAUACAAUCAAAACCUUGUAUAAGACUUUCUGUAUAUGAUGAUCGACCACCAUCAUCAAUUAUGUCGACUACAAACCAAUAUCAAAAUAGUUUUAAACGUUUUGAACAAUUGUAUUUAUUAACAGCAGAAAAUAAUAAAAAUCAACCGUCGCCACAUUUAAACGAUACAAAUACAUCGGCAUUCACAUCAGAUAGUCUCUAUGUAUAG